CUUACAAACCAGGUGCCAGGAUCCCAGGAUCAACAAAAUUAUAUCCAUUUCUACCAACAACGAGACCCUACCCACGACGUGCCAUUGUUUUUGUCUCACUCAUCUACUUUUCUCGCUAAUCGCCCCUUGUUUUGCCUCUGGUUAUCUUAAUAAGCAACGAGGCAAGGCUACAGUUUGAGGCCUCAAUCUCUCCCAUCCCACUUAUCUUAUCCGAUGUCAACUUCGCCUCCCGACAGCGACAGUAUCUCAUCAACCACCGUCCAAGUAGCCAAGAAAGCCUGUCACAGCUGUCGCCGUGCGAGACUUCGCUGCGAUAGGUCUAUCCCGCACUGCUCGAAAUGCGCUUCCAGGGGGGUUGAAUGCCUGGGCUAUGGCCGCCUAUUUCUAUGGACUGGCUCAGUAGCCACGCGGGGGAAAUUGGCUGGACAGAGUUCUAGUGCCUCCGUGUGUCGAUUACCCAAGCAAGGUGAAUCGGACAUGACUAUUGAUGUGCCAUCCGAUGUUCAAUCUUCCGAUAUGCAAAUGGGAUCCUUCGAUACUCAAGGCUUUGAGCCAGGUGCAUGGGGUUUAGUGUCGCCUCAGGAAAAUCAACUCUUUGUUCUGAACAAAACUAAGCCAUGGUCCCCUCCUUCGCCCCCUUCACCAACAUCAUCAAACUCUCCGUGGACAUUGGUCGAUCCAUUAUUUCAGGACAUGACGCAUUCCCAGAGAUGGUACUUGAAUUAUUAUUCAACUCGAGUUAGCCUGGAUCUCGUUGGUGAUGACCAAACCAACGGUAACAGAAACCCAUACCUAAAUCUUCUGCAACUCACAAAUGAGCAUUCAUUUUUACAACAAAUUAUCAUUGCAGUAUCUGCAUCUCAUAUGUGCAAUUUAUCAAGAUCAUGGCUAGGCCCUAACUCAUAUGAAAGAGAAGAGGCACCAAAGAAAUUGCUCAUGGAUGCUCUCGUUGCCAAACAAAAAGGACUGCAAAUGAUGCCCGAUGCCUUACGAAAUAUUGACACCAUUGGAGCCGAUGUAAUUCUUGCUACUGUUUUGUUUCUCAUCAACUCAGAGCUCAUCGAGUCUGGUUGGCAAAGUUGGCGGCCUCAUCUCGAAGGCGCGAAGAAGCUUUUGAAUAUGAUAGAACCAUAUACUGGCUCUGACACAACUCUGAGAGACUAUAUUGUUGCGGACUGUUAUGUCUAUUGCACAUUGAGCUUGUCUUUCAACCCAUCACAACCAGGCACCCAGGCAGCAUCAUUUGCACCAAGUCAAGUCAAGGCAACAUUAUCGCGAACCAACAACUCUUUCUUCUGUUGCCCACCUGAAGUUCUCGACAUCCUCCGUGAGACAGCACAACUUUUACAUGCCGAAGCUCAAGGGAACGUCUCCAGCAAUGAAGCGCUUAUCGAAUUCACCAACCUACUAGACCGCGUACAACGUCUCGACGUCCUCAAAUGGGCAAAGGACAGAAUGCCAGAUGCAAGCAAAGCCGCCCUAUGGAGUAGUGCCCGAACUGGCUCCGCGCACAGAUUGGCAACAUGUCUCUACAUCAUCCAGGCAGCUCCCGCACUACGAGCCAGGAUGCCAGACCAAGUUCCCAAAACACUCAUCCAGGAUCUUUACGAGACGCUCCUACCACAGCCUGACGAAGACCCAAACUUCAAAGCCACAGGCUGGCCCACCUUUAUUUAUGGAACAACGGCAACGACUCCGGAGAGCCGGGCGUGGGUUAUGGAUCGAUUAAAGGCGGUAGCGCAAAUCAACCCGUGGGGAUUUCUAUACUCUGCAAUUGAUACGUUGCAGAUUUUGUGGAAGCAUGAGAAUGGCGAUGAUGGAUGUAUGAAUUGGCUGCAGAAACUCAAGGAUUUGAACGUGGACUUUUUGAUGGUCUAGGUCUGGCGCUGAGAUGGAAUCAUGGGAAAACAGGACAUUUUUGAUACCACAGCAAUGAUGUAUAGCAACUAUGUAUGAGAGCGACGUAGGAAUGUUUGACACGACUUUUCCGCAAC